UCCCCGACUUUGACCGCGUCGGCGGCAUCCGGAGUCGGCGGCGACUCGAACGAAGAUCCCAUCCUGCGCGAGCUCUGCGGCGCCAGCGACCCCAACGAGGGCCGCUUCCUGCGCGAGUUCUGCGAGAUCGAAUUCAUCGGCAGGGGCGACUUCGCCACCGUGUACCGGGCUAGGAGCCGACUGGACCAGCAGCUCUACGCGGUCAAGGUCCAGAAGCGCCAGCACUCCGGCGGCGCCGUUCCCGCCGCGGCGCUGCGGGAGGCCUGCACCCUGGCCGCCCUGUCCGCAGGGUCUGCUGGAG